UUAUAUAGGCUGCUAAGCAACGUUAAGAAGCCAAGGAGGGUACAGAGAGCCUUUAGAAGAUGCUUGGUCUUGGGAGAUCGUUGGCUUCACUAGGCCGGAUGGCAGCAGCCUUGCCGAAAGUGAGCACAUUAACCACAGGCCACACACAGGCAAGAGAUACCAUUUUGGCUGGCCCAUCCAGCCAUCUGCUAGCAGCCUCUCCCCCCUGUGCACUGCUGAGCCCUAUAAGGACAUACUUCAGAUACAAAACACCAAACCUAAAUGAACUGCACAUCCGGGGACCACGCAAGCCCAAACCCAAGAAACUGGGGGGGACGGAGGGUCGCCCCCAGCUGAAGGGUGUCGUGCUCAAGGUCUUCAUCCGCAAACCCAAGAAGCCCAACUCCGCCAACCGGAAGUGCUGUCGUGUCAGGCUCAGCACGGGUCGAGAGGCUGUGGCGUUCAUCCCCGGGGAGGGGCACAACUUACAGGAACACAACGUUGUGUUGUUGGAAGGGAAGCGACCGCAGGACUUGGUCGGGGUGAAGCUGAAAGUCAUCAGGGGGGCGCUGGACUGUGCCCAUGUUAAGAAGAAAACGCAGUAGUGUUUUUUCCAAAACGCAGUAGUGUUUUAUUUUUCCAAAGUGUAUGACAAUGGCAGGAGAAGGACAAUUACAUGCAGUUUAACUUCAAGUAAACUGGUAUGUCGAAUCGGGAGUUAACCUGUUAAACACAGUAAAGUAGCCAUUUGGCUACCAAUUUUCUAUUAUGAUACUGCAGAUCACAUGGAGCAUACCAUUACACCCAUGUAAUAACAAAAUACAACAUACAAGUAGCUGUUCUGUGCAAUCAUGUUUUUAUCUGUUAGAAUAUAUAAUAUAGAUGUCCUUUAAUAAAAUAAAUGGAUAAUGGAAAAAACAAAAAUAAAUGUAUCAA